AUGGCACAUGCAGCGCAAGUAGGUCUACAAGACGCUACUUCUCCUAUCAUAGAAGAACUAAUCAUCUUUCAUGAUCAUGCCCUCAUAAUCAUUUUUCUCAUCUGCUUCUUAGUCCUGUACGCCCUUUUCCUAACACUCACAACAAAGCUAACUAACACCAACAUCUCAGACGCCCAAGAAAUAGAGACCAUCUGAACCAUCCUGCCCGCUAUUAUCUUAGUCCUGAUCGCCCUCCCAUCUCUACGAAUCCUCUAUAUGACAGAUGAAAUCAAUGACCCCUCCUUCACUAUCAAAUCAAUCGGUCACCAAUGAUACUGAACCUACGAAUACACCGACUAUGGUGGAUUGAUCUUUAACUCCUAUAUACUCCCCCCAUUAUUCCUAGAACCAGGUGACCUACGACUCCUUGACGUCGACAACCGAGUAGUCCUUCCAGUUGAAGCCCCCGUCCGUAUAAUAAUUACAUCCCAAGAUGUCUUACACUCAUGAGCUGUUCCCACAUUAGGCCUAAAAACAGACGCAAUCCCCGGACGCCUGAACCAAACCACAUUCACCGCCACACGACCAGGAGUAUACUACGGCCAGUGCUCAGAAAUCUGUGGAGCCAACCACAGUUUUAUGCCCAUUGUUCUAGAGCUAAUCCCCCUAAAAAUCUUUGAAAUAGGACCCGUAUUCGCCCUAUAA